UGUGUGAGUGAGAAGGAGUUAGAACACAACUCAGUGAACGCAAUUUGUUGCAACAACAUAGAAUACUCAAUUUUAAGUAGUUUGUGAGAGAGAAUUCUCUCUCUCUCUUUCUCUCUCUCUCUCCGUGGACAAUGUCGAUAAGCAGUGAGCAGCAGACAGCGGCCGGCAUCGGCGAGAGCAAUUCUUCGAACAUUGAAGACAGCAGCAUCAGCAAUAAUAGCGUCGAGAUAAAGAAACUCGAUACGCAGCAGAGCUCAAACAAAGUAAUAUCGCAUUUGAACAGCGAGAGAAGUUUUCAAGAGGAGACAAACGAGAGGCAUUUGAACCGAUUGCAGAGUUUACGGAACGAGUUGAAUCACAUCAAUGAGACGGACUGGAUGUACGAGAGUCUCGAGAAGAAGCCACAGCAAUAAUGUAUUCCUAUAUAAGCCAACUGCUGCAACCCGACGAGAAGCAGCAGCAAAUAAAUAAAAAUCUAUUGGAAAUUGAGAAAACUUUAAAAAACCUCAAAGUCGCCGAAGAUGAGAAAAAAGCAAAGAAAUCCGGCUUGAAGAAGAAUGACAACAUCAAAGAUUCCGAUUCCGUUGUUAAAACCAAAAACGAUCCUAACUCAGAAGCCACAGUAUCGAAUACACAGGAAAUACUGGAAUCAUUGAAACUCGAGAAGCCCACAUAUUUUAAUACCCAGCAACGGAAUAUUCUUGGCGUUAUCAAACAACGCUUGGCUUCUGCAAUCGAUGUUGAAACUGACUAUGGCGAACUGAAUGUGGAACUAGACAACAUUGAGAUCAGUUUCAUACCCAAAAAAGGGGAUAACGUAUGCCUCGAAUGCAGUGUCCAGUUGGAAGAGGGAUAUGUUGACAAACAGGGCGAAAUUCUGGAAGUUUUGAAGGUUUCCCCAUCACGCAUUCAAACCGAUCAAAGAUGUGUUGUCGAACGAGUUUUUGAGGAUUUCUCUCAGCUCACUUCGGAUGCGUAUGUGCUUAAGGAAGAUCUGCCUAGCGGGAUUGAUCUACAUCUGGGAGAUAUUGUGAAAGCAGAUCUUAUCGAAUGCACUCUUAAUAAAUAUUCACGGCGCGCAAUCAAAUUGACAUUGCUGGAAAAGAAUUUCGGCAAUGUGAAGAAGACUCUGCCGAAUACAUCAACUAAUAAGCAUCCCGUGUCCAUUGAGGGCAAGGAUCGUUUAAUAUUCGCGGAACAAUGGAAGAAGGAAAACGUGACAUUCCAAUUGCGAAAUAAUACAAAUCGCAUAUUUAAACUACACAAAAUCGUUAUACAAAAUGCAGCAAAUGCACAAAUUAAUGUUGUGGAACCGAAAACUUCAAUGCAACUGGAUGUAGAUGGAGAAAUCACGGUGAUCUUUGAAGUGCAUACCAAAUUCAUUGGUGAAUCCAAGGAAUAUUUUACACUUGUCUUUGACAAUUUCAAGAUUAAUCGUUAUGUGACCAUUGUAGUUUGUGAAACGGAAUCAGAGGCUCAAAAAGCCGAACUACGUCUAAUUGCCUCCGAUCAGUUGAAUGUGACUGGACGCACUGAGGAUCAGCGAACUCGCAACUAUGCCAAUCAGGUGUGGUCCACCAAAACCGUUGUAGUGCCCGGUGAAGCCAUAAUGACCAAGCGACGCUUUAUCAAAACCCACUUAAAGUCCUACGAUGUGCCGACAAUACUACGGGAAAUUGUGCUCUGCUCGGAGCAACGUCAUGAGAAGGAGGAACGCUUAAACAAUUUGUAUCCAUGUCUGGCACAGAGACUUACAUUUGAGAACUAUGUGAAAAGAUUCAGUUUGCUGCUGCAUCUGGAGGAGAUUGAGUUCACUGUGUGCAUUCGAAACUUUGAUCGGGAACGUGCUUAUUUUCAGCGUGAUGGCGAAUAUCUUUCACUGCACAUUGAGAAUCUAGCGGAGCGUCGUCCUUCCAUUAUUCUCGGCGAUGCGGUGCGUGCCACAAAUCCCUUUGUAGGCAUCGAUGGGAAUUCCAAAUCCUUUGAGGGCAUUAUACACAAAGUGCUCUGCAAUCGUGUGCUGCUCAAAUUCAAUGCCGGCUUUCAUGAGACUUACAAUGGUGAGGAUUAUCGGGUUACCUUUCAUUUCUCUCGAGUUUCACUGCGCAAACAACAUCAUGCCAUUGAACGUGUUGUCAGCAUUUUGGGAGAAGCAUUCUUGUUUCCCAACAAGCUUAACAAACGACAAGAACCACAAUUGAAUGUAAGCUACAAGGCGGACAAUAUGUAUCUGAAUAAUAAGAACUUACCCUGGUUCAAUACCUCAUUGAAUGCGAUACAAAAACGCGCUGUCUUCAAUAUUCUACGUGGUGAAGCGGAGAAUAUGCCGUAUGUGAUCUUUGGUCCACCUGGCACCGGUAAAACCGUCACUCUGGUCGAAUCCGCACUGCAAUUGAUUCGCAAUUUGCCCAACUCUCGGCUUCUAAUUGGCACUCCAUCGAAUAGUGCUGCCGAUCUUCUAACCAAGCGCAUUAUCGAUAGCAAUGUUCUUUCAAAAGAUGAAUUUAUUCGCCUGGUUUCGAUGAAUCAUGUGGAAAAGGAUAUGAUCCCAGAGGAGCUACAUAGCUACUGUGCCACUGCAGACAUUGGAAUCGUGGAGGCGACUCAAGACUGUAUGAUUGUCAAGGACUCGGGUUUAAGGCUGCGUUGUCAGUCAAAGUUCCUGUGCCAGCAUCGUGUGAUCAUCAGUACCUGCACCACACUGGGCAACUUUCACCAGAUGGACACUCCACCUGGACACUUCACCCAUGUGCUCAUCGACGAGGCCGGACAGUGCAGUGAGCCGGAGAGUAUUGUGCCAAUUGCACUGCUGCGAAAUAACCGGAAUCAAGUUGUGCUCGCCGGAGAUCCUCAUCAGCUGCAGUCAAUGAUAUUGGAUCGCAAGGCGGUCGACUUGGGACUGAGUAUAUCGCUGCUGGAGCGUUUACUGGAGCGUUCACCGUAUCGCAAGGAUUUGUUGCGUUAUCCCAACCACUCUGGUUACAAUCCUUGUGUGCUAACCAAACUAUUGAAUAACUAUCGUGCUCUGCCCUCCAUCAUGAGUGUCUACAGCAAACUCUUCUAUGACGACGAGCUCAUCUCCAUGGUCUCCGAAAAGGAUUCUCGCGAUGCCAAUUUGCUGGCUGAUCUGCAGACGAUUUUCGGACCCGAUACGGAGAUGCCACGCACCCAUGGCACCUUCUUCCAUGGCAUCUUGGGUGAAAAUAUGCAGGAAGACGAUUCUCCCUCCUGGUAUAAUCCCAUUGAGGCGCGUCAGGUCUUCUUAACUGCCAUACUCCUGUAUCGACGUAAUGUUCAACCAGAUCAGAUUGGCAUACUGACGCCAUAUGCCAAACAGGUGAAGACGCUGCGCAAUCUGUUCAUCGGUGUGGAUGUGGCAACGCCAAAGAUUGGAACGGUCGAGGAGUUUCAGGGUCAGGAACGCGACAUAAUGCUUAUCUCAACGGUGCGCUCCUCACUCUCCGUUCUCCAGUCGGACGCUCGUCUCAAUUUGGGAUUUGUGCGCUGCAAGAAACGGAUGAAUGUUGCCACUUCUCGUGCCCGCUGUCUCAUGAUUGUGUUUGGCAAUCCCAAUCUGCUGUCCGUCGAUGAAUGUUGGUCCCAACUUAUCACUUACUGUUGCAACAAUAAUGCAUAUUUCGGUUGUGAAUUGCCCAAACGCCUUCGGUUAGCUGAGGAUCAGGAGGAUGAUGCCAACGACUCGACAGAUGGUCAGUCGGACAUCUAUGAUUAUGUGCCUUAAGGCCAUAAUAUGGCCUAUAAAUGUUUAUGAUAAAAAAAACAGCUAGAUUUAAUCCAAAGUUUUGAAUUUCAAAUAACAGAACAAAUCUAAAUAUGGAAUACCAAAUUUUUUAUGUCGGAAAUUGUCGUAAAAAUAUGUUUUUGAAAUCAUAUUUCACUUUAGUUAUAAGUACCUUAAAAAAAAUAUUUUGCUUUUAUUUUUUACCAA